AUGGGAACUUCGAGUUCUACUUCACAGCUAGCUGAUCAGAUAGUUACAUUGUUCGAGCAUCAGGGAAUUGGUGUAAAGGAAGAGACAGUCGAAGAAUUUAUUAAAACAUUAGAAAGGACUAGUCCUUGGCUUGUUCAUUCAGGAGGACUUAAUAUUCCUGAUUGGGAACAGGUUAUGAGAGAUUUGCAAAGAAUGCUGCGGAGAUGUGGCCCCGAGAGCAUUCCUGCUGCCACGCUUUCCUUGUGGAGAUUGGUCAAGGAUGCUCUCAUGAGCACUAACACUAAAAUAAGGGGACAGAUGUCAGAGAUAGAAAGAACAUCUGGAGCGGCACAAGAUGAUGCCUCUCGUAGGUCCUUACAAACCUCUGAUUCAGAUCAGGAGUCUUGCUCCGAGGAGGAGGAAGGAGAGACUUCAGUAGAGGAAAUAGAGGUGCCUAAGAGGAAGAUUAAUAAGCACAGGGCCACUGAGAGAUCAAAAUCUCGUCCCCCUAGUGUAAAUCCCUUCUUUACAGGAGAGGGAGCUACUGCUCCUCCUGCCUAUGAACCCUAUUCUUCCUUGGAGUGGUGUUGUGAAGACAAGGCUACAAGGAGAGGGGUAAUUUUCCCUGAGCCUCCCCUUGGACAAGGAGCGGCAUAUCCUGUUGUUGAGGUCCCGGACCCCAACAAUGCAGGUCAAUCCAGAAGACAACAUGCUCCUCUGAGUUUUAAGGAGUUGAAAAACCUGAAAGAGGCAGUUUCUGCCUAUGGUCCCCUCACUCCCUUUACUUCUGCCAUUUUUGAGUCCUAUGUUGCGUCCACUCUGACUCCUGGAGAUUGGCAACAGUUAUGUAGGGCAGUAUUGAGUGGUGGAGACUUUCUAUUAUGGAGGGGAGAAUUUAAAGAACAGUGUGUACAACUAGCUAGACUUAAUGUGCAAGCAGGAUUUCCCCAGAGGGAUCUAGAAAUGUUGACAGGAACAGGACAAUAUGCAACCCUUCCAGCCCAGAUUCAAUAUGACCCUGCCGUUUAUGCUCAAAUUUCCACAGCGGCAGUUAGAGCUUGGAAGGCCCUGCCCAAUAAAGCAGCUGGAGAACAAUUAUCGAAGGUAGUACAAGGACCCUCGGAACCUUUUCAGGAAUUUGCAGAUAGAUUAUUACAGUUGGCUGGGAAGCUCUUUGGAGAUAUUGAUACUGCUAUGCCUUUAGUGAAACAAUUGGCGUAUGAGAAUUCUAAUAAAUGGUGUAAGGAGGUUAUUAGAUCUCAUAAGAAUAAGAGUUUGAUUGACUAUAUUAGAUUGUGUAAAGAAAUAGAUGGGAAUUAUGUGAUGGGACAGGUCAUGGCUGCGGCCAUGCAGAAGGGAAACGGAGGAACCAGGACUUGUUUCAGGUGUGAACAACCUGGACAUUUUAAAAGAGCGUGCCCUCAGAACAAAAAGAUAGGAGACUCUGGAUUAUGCCCUCGGUGCCGUAAAGGCCAUCACUGGAGAAGUAAGUGUAGAUCUAAGGAAGAUGUUGAAGGGCAGCCUUUAAACGUUCCGGGAAACGGGAGACAGGGCCCGCUCCGGGGCCCACAAGCCAGAGUGUACGGAGCCAUGAAAACUUCCGAGGUAGAACCUACCCAGACACAGUUUAUCCCUCAGACCAAUCCCUUUUUGUCAAGGACCUGGUCAGAGGGACCCCAGGAAGCGCAGGACUGGACCUCUGCUCCUCUGCCAGAGCAGUGUUAA